UCUAGGUAGACAAUCAAUAGCAAGUUGGCAAACUUCGAAUUUUAGAUGGGGGGCAGAUAUAUGAUAAGACGUGGUAACAAUGGAAAUAUUCUACUAGCUCAUACCGUGGGCCAUAAAACGGAUUACCACGAAUUUUUUGCUAUGAUUGGUGUGGAUUCUGAAGAUAGUCACCCAAGACCAGUGUAAAUAAUGGCCUUGAGGAAUCUUUUGAUGUACGGAUUGAAAAGAAACAGUUCCCCAACAGCAAAUAUAAAUACCUUCACUUCUUCCUCGAGUUCUCCAAGCGAAGCUCUGAAUCACUAGGAAUACCAUCAACCGAACAUGGACAACAGGAACAAGUGUGCUGCAUGCUACAGACAAUUCAACAAAAUGGAGCAUUUAGUCGAACACAUGAGGACGUCGUACCAUUCAGCUCAUGAGCCCAUGUGUGGAAUUUGUAGAAAGCAUUGCCGAUCGUUUGAGUCUCUACGGGAGCAUCUUAUAGGACCUUUACCAAAGGUUGAAUGUGAAAGGAUAUUUAAGGAACAAGGAUGUGAUCUUUGUUUAACCAUCUUUAGUAGCCGUAACGCUCUCCAUGUCCACCGAGAGGCAUGCCAAUUCUCACGUGGCAACAAUAUGGGUCUGACAAAUCGAAUGGCAAACUUGGGCAUCCAGGAUGAUUUGAAGAUGGAUAGUAGUAGAGCAAGAGUGGUUGCACUUGCUUGCAAAAUGGUAGGAGGUGGUAGUGAUGGUUCCUUAGAUCUUUGUGCAAGGGUUUGCCUCAUCGAUGAAUCCGAAAAGAUAAUCUUUCAUACAUAUGUGAAGCCACGUCUUCCGGUCACGAAAUAUAGGUAUGAAACAACAGGCAUGAGACCAGAAUUUUUACGGGAUGCUAUGCCACUUAGGCAAGUGCAAAGAAAGAUUCAAGAUUACUUAUGUAAUGGGGAGCCCAUAUGGCAGAUCCGCUCCAGAGCUGGAAAAGCUAGGAUCCUUGUAGGCCAUGGAUUAGAUCAUGAUUUGAAAAGCCUUGAAGUAGAGUAUCCGCAGAUGAUGAGGAGGGAUACCGCAGAUUACCCUCCACUGAUGAAAUCAAGCAAGCUCAGCAACUCACUUAAAUAUCUAACGAAAACAUACCUUGGAUAUGACAUUCAAACUGGUAUUCAAGAUCCCUAUGAAGACUGUGUUGCAACAAUGAGGCUGUACAUGAGAAUGAGAUCACAGCGUCAUAAAGUGGAAGACUAUCCGCUUGCUCAAGACCCACAAAAUCGAAACAAUUUUGCUGCAUUUAGGCAAAGCGAGCUUGAGAGGAUGGCUCCAGAAAAGAUGCUGGAAAUCUCAAGGUCUGAUUACUAUUGCUGGUGCUUAGACUCUAGCAGCUAAGGAAAUUGCAAUCGAAGUACUUCUCUAACCUGCCAGCACGUAUUAGCAUGACAGCCAAACAUGGAAUUUUCUGCCACCAAAUAGACCAAGCUUUCUUUUAACUUCUUGCUAAGUUAAAUUUAGGCAAUAGGACUGCAACUUAGAAAUUAUAGUCUAUUUCAUGAUAUAUAUUAUUGCGUUCUGUCAGAUGUUAUCUUAGAAUUCUCAUGGCUGUAUCAGUGUGAUUUAAGGUUCAAUAAAAAGUUUGCGUAACACUGUAGUUGCAACGUAACAACAGCAUUAUGUCAU